AUGGAAAGGGAGGGAAAGAACACGGCCGAGGCUGCGUCCUUGGAGGUCAAAGAGAAGGACUCACUGACCCUGAGCUCCCGACUCGGUCGCAACCCCAUAUUUGCCUUUUUCCGACUUCUCUUCUCCACGGAACCGACAUGGCUCGAUAUUUUCCUCAUCGUAUUUGGGACGGUCACUGCAGCGGCUGCGGGCGUGCCCUUCCCCCUCCUGGGUAUCGUCUUCGGACAGCUCGUCGACAAGAUGAAUAGCGCCACGUGCGCGGCCCAGGGGGACUUGCCCACCGACCCUUACGACUACCAGGACGCCAUCAACAAGAAAGUCUCGCAGACGGCAUACAUCGGCGCUAUUGCCAUGGUCCUCAUCUACUGCUACAUCGUCACCUGGACAAUCAUUAGCCAGCGCCUGGCUCACCGUAUGCGUAGCCAGUACGUCGGCGCUCUGCUCCGGCAGCCCCCUUCCUUCUUUGACCUUCGAUCCGCAGCCGGCGAGGUAUCCAGCCGUCUCCAUGGAGACAUCAUGGCUGUCCAGGACGGUGCCGGUCAAAAGGUUGGCGUCGUCAUCACUUCCUUCAGCUUCUUCAUCACUGUCUUCGUCAUCGCAUUCACCAAGCAGCCCAGGUUGGCCGGCAUGCUGGUUUCUAUGGUGCCAGUCUAUCUGACGUCUAUCUUUGUUGGCUCCCAUUUCGUCAAGAAGUUUCUCGGCCAGACCCAAGCUGUGGGAGAUGCGUCGUCCAUCGCAUCCGAGGCCUUGACUCGUAUUCCCGUUGUUAGGGCGUUCAGCGCAGCCAGGCGCUUGGAGAUCAAAUUUUCCGAGUACAUGGCUACUGCUCGCACGGCCGGGAUAAAGAAGGCCGGAGUGUCAGCGCUUCAAGCUGGUAUGCUAUACUUUGUUUCAUACUCGAGUAUCGCUCUGGCAUUUUGGCAGGGCAGCAGGAUGAUUGCUCAUUCCAUGGGUCGUGACGGAGCUGAUGCUACCAUCGGUGAGAUCUACUCUGUUGUGUAUCUUCUCAUCGACGCCUGCGUUUUGCUCGGUAAUCUUGCCCCUAUGCUUCCGGCAAUCAGCGCCGCUUCGGCCGCCUACCUCCGCCUCAUCGAUGACAUCAAUGCACCGUCGGCUGUCGACGGCCUGUCUGACACGGGCAACAAGCUUGCCCCCAGCCAGAACAAGGCGAUCACUUUCCGAAAUGUCACCUUUGAGUACCCCUCGCGGCCCGGCCAAUCUGUCCUUCGCAAUGUGAGCAUGGACUUCCCCGCCGGUAGCUACACUGCCGUUGUUGGACUCUCCGGUAGCGGAAAGUCCACCAUUGCUGCCUUGGUCGACAGGUUGUACGACCCCAAGAGUGGUGUCAUUGAAUUGGAUGGGAACGAUAUCACAACACUCAACGUCAAGAACCUGCGAAGCUUCAUCGGCUUCGUUCAGCAGGAUCCCUCCCUUCUGGACCGCUCUAUCUGGGAGAACAUUGCGUUGGGACUCGCCAACUCCCCCAAGCCGGAGCAUGACCACCUGAAGGCCCUACUCUACGGAGACCGACUGAGCAAGUUUGCCUCCAAGGGAAAGGGGGCCAUGGAGUAUGCUGCAAGUCAGGGGCCUGAGUUCAAGGAACUAGUUGACCUUGUAACCCGAGCCGCCGAGCAGGCUGACGCUGUUGACUUUGUCCAGAAGCUCCAUGAAGGAUUUGGAACCAUUGUUGGACCCAGGGGAUCCCUUCUCAGUGGCGGUCAGAGGCAGAGGAUUGCUCUUGCCCGUGCCCUCAUUCGCGACCCUGAAAUACUGGUCCUUGACGAGGCGACUUCAGCGCUCGAUUCAGCCAGUGAGAAGCGCAUCCAGCUGGCAGUUGAACAGGCCGCUAAGGGUAACCGUACUGUCAUCUCAAUUGCCCAUCGCCUUUCUACUAUUCGCAACGCAGACAACAUCAUCGUCAUGGAGGCCGGCCAGGUCAUCGAGCAAGGCAGCUAUGAGACCUUGGUUGGAAAGGAGGACGGUGCAUUUGCCAACAUGGUUAAGUUGCAGUCCGCAGGAGGAGACUUGAGUGACAGCUCUAGCUCUCUACGUCGCGAAUCCGUCGCGACUGCUGUCCAGGCCACUGACAACGACGAUGAUGUCGCGGACGACAAAGUCCCGAAGGAAGACAAGGUUGAAAUCGAUGGUGACAAGUCCGAUGAAGAUCCCAAGGAAAAGAAAGCGCCCGCGAAGGAUGGGGAACUGGAGACUGCUAAGAAAUUUGGUCCGGCUAUGAAGGGGUUAUGGCCGCUGGUCCGCCCCAACUCUGGCUUCCUCAUUCUCGCAUUGAUCGCGGCUUUCAUCGUCGGCUGCACCUUCUCUGGCUCUGGUCUCAUCUUCGGCAACACUGUCGGCGCCCUCAACCCGUGCAAAAACAGUGCCGAACGCAUUCUUAGCCUUGGCCGACUCUUUUCCGGGCUCAUGUUCAUGCUCGCUGUCAUUGAGUUCUUUGCCAACUUCUUCAGCUGGUUCAGCUUCGGCGUCAUCUCGGAGCGUCUUCUCUACUCCCUCCGCGUUCUCUCUUUUCGCGCUCUUCUAGAGCAGGACUUGCAGUGGCAUCAGUCUGGCAACCGCACAGCCGGCGGCCUGCUCGAGAUCAUAACCAGAGACUGCGCUUCCGUCGGAGGCUUCAGCGGCUCCACAUUUGGUACCGUCUUUGCUGUGUGCGUCAACAUCAUCGUGUCCGUCAUCCUGUCCCACAUUGUCGGAUGGAAGAUUGCUGUUGUCUGCCUCGUCAUUGUUCCCAUCAUGCUUGGUGCCGGUUUCAUGAACCUGCACAUGCUGGCACGCUAUGCUGAGAGACACGUGAGUGCCUUUUCUAGUGCGACUUCGGUCGCCACCGAGGCUAUUCAUUCUAUCCGUACCGUUGCGGCCUUAUCUUUGGAGAGUCACUUUAUGGAGUCGUAUUUCCAUCUCCUGGAGAAGCCACGCAAGGAUAUUGUCAUUGCUGCUGCCUCGGCCAACAUCUGGCUUGCCUUGAACCACACAAUUAGCCCCUUCCUCAACGCGCUGGCCUAUUGGUGGGGUUCCAAGCUCAUGUUGAGGGGAGAGUACACGCAGACGGAGUUCCUCAUCAUCUUUAUGGCCAUGCUCACUGCUGCCAAAAUCUGGGCGUCCAUGUUCACUCUGGCCCCUGAGUUUUCCCGCGCAUACUCCUCCCUUUGCCGUCUACUCACAGUCAUCGAACUCAGUUCAAACAGCCUUGUCGAUCAGAGGGCCCACGGUACUGGGGCCUCCAGCGCCGGCUCAUUGGGCGACAUCGAAAAGACUGCUGAGCCGAGACCCAAGGCCAUUCUCUCCGACCAGGGAGGUGUGCGAAUCUCUUUCAAGGACGUGUCCUUCUCCUACCCGAACCGGCCGGAUUCUCGCGUUCUGGACAAUGUGUCAUUCGAGAUUGCCAAGAACCAGUUUGUCGGUCUUGUCGGUCCGUCGGGGGCUGGAAAGUCGACCAUUAUGAACCUUGUCCAGCAGCUCUACAGUCCCACCGAGGGCACAGCUACCAUCGACGGCCAAGACGUCACCACCGGACUCGACUCGUUGCGCGACAGUAUCGCCCUUGUACCCCAGGACCCUUCACUGUUCCAAGGUAGCGUGCGCUUCAACGUUGGUCUAGGUGCUCCUUCCGACCGCGAGGCCACCCAAGAGGAGAUCGAAGAGGCCUGCCGUCUGGCCAACAUACACGACGUCAUCGUAUCCCUCCCCGAUGGGUAUGACACCGAGUGCGGCCCGUCAGCUUCUCACUUGUCUGGUGGCCAGAAGCAACGUCUUGCCAUCGCCCGAGCUCUUGUCCGCCGUCCGCGUCUCCUGCUUCUCGAUGAAAGCUCCAGCGCUCUCGACGCCGCCAGCGAGGCCGCCCUGCAGGAGGGCCUGGAGAAGGUGGCACGGGCCACGACCGUCCUCGCCAUCACGCACAGGCUGCAUACUGUCGCCAAGGCUGACACCAUCUUUGUCCUAGAGGCCGGAAAAAUUGUCGAUAGCGGCCGUCAUACAGAGCUGAUGCAGCGUAGCCAGAGCUACCGCAUCAAUGCUAUGCAACAGAUGUUGCAGGGCCAGGAACUCAGCCAGGAUAUUGAUCGCAUCGAAGAGGAGCCUUCGACGUAG